UUAUUACCUCCGUAUUACAAACACGCACUUGAAAUUCAAAUAUCAAAGUUUUUUUCUUUAUUUGAACAUGUCUAAAUAUUCUAUCAAAUUUCUAGGAUUAAAUCCAACCGUUGACGAACGGUUUUAUGUUAAAGCGAAACGAGGUUGAUUUGAAUUCAUCUGAAUAGCGUUUCACAAACUUAGAUUUAAAUUGUCUGAACGAAACUAUCAUUUUUAUUCGAUGGAUUGUCGGUGCGUAGCAACAGUUAACUUAGUGUUAAAAAUCUGAGUAGCGCAUUAUCAUUAACUUUCAACGGCUGGAUUUGUAGUGAACUUUUUAGCAGAUAUUUCAUUUCAUUUGUUUGUGAGCCUGCAACAGGAUUUACAUUUUAUUGUCGCAGACGACAUCCAAUGAUUUUUCCCGCGCUUGUUUUAUCUACAUCUACAUGAUAAGUGUUAUAACAGGAGAAUAAUAGAAGAGGGUGCUGUUAUUAUUGAUACAGCUCUAAAAUAUAAUGUGCGAUAUAUGUAGCUAAACUUACAGUGCAAUAAACACGUCGUGAAUUUUACUCCGACUGGAGUUCUUUAAAGUGUUAGAUACUCGACUUAUAUUUUGUAUUAUCUUGAAUCGAAUGAUAGCCGACGAUUGGGAUGAUAACCACGAGAUGAUAUUAUGAGUUAUUAUAGAUUUCGUCUGGACUGAAAUGACUUUUAUAACACUACCGAAGUCUCGGAGAAAGGGGAAACGUUCGGACAUUUUGGAAGAAAAAAGGAAUUACACAUUCGUGCCGAACUCGUGUCAUGGAAAAACGGAGAUGUUUAAGCCGAUUUCCCGUCUUGGUCGGGAAACAGUGUUCCUGACGAUAUUUGUUCUUGGGAUAUUCUUUAAAUCAGUACAUACAUGUGAUGUAGAUGGAUGCUGGGACGAGUCCCAAGUCGCAUACCAGACACUAAGUCAAGGUGCAGCAGGAACAGGUUCAAAUAAAGACACAGACAUUCGAUGUACAAGUCUGAGGACAUAUAUGCAUUGCUUAGAUAAUUUACAUGGGUGCAAAGGGAAUAUCAAAUUUCAUAGUGUGAAAAAAGUUGUGAGAAAUCAAAUGAAUCACUACAGGUGUGAUCCUAAUUUGGAAAUUUGGACUGGAACACCAAUUACUCUUCUGCCACCAGAUGAAUUGUGUACCUAUCAUGGAACAAAAGUGUACAGACAUUGUGGAUUAUUUGGGGAUCCCCACAUACGUACUUUUGACAAUAAGUUUCAGACCUGUAAGGUGCAAGGAGCAUGGCCGCUGGUAGACAAUGACCAUCUUACUGUGCAAGUGACAAAUGAAGUGGUAUCGCGUUCACUCAGUGCUACUGCCACAACCAAAUUGACAGUUCUGAUCAAGGAGAACAGGGACUGUGCUUCAAAUGGCUACAUCCUGUACCAGGCUGAUUCGUACAUGCUACCAAGUUCUUUCAAUGACGGACAGACUAAAUAUGGAAAAUCCCAUAGUGUGUCUCUCGUGGAAAUAGAUCCAGGCAGACAUGUAGAGAUCACAAUGAAAUACAUCGAUACCAGAAUUGUUAUUCGUCUUGUUGGGAAUUAUUUGACGUUUUUGAUUAGAAUGCCAGAGCAAUUGUUGCCAGUGAAUUCCACAAAUAAAAACAACAUAGAGCUGUGUGUACGUGGUUGUCCCAAAAGUGAAAUCAUUGAUUACAAGAAGUUUUUAGCUUUAAAAGAAAAACAGGUUAGUGAUAGUGAUGUAAACAUGUCACGAAAAGAGGCGGAGGAAUUAUGUCGUAGUGCCAAUCUCGUAGACUUCUAUUUCGAUUCCUGCGUGUUCGAUUUAUUGACGACGGGGAAUGAUACGUUUAGGUACUCGGCGUUGUCCGCGUUACAAGAUGUGCUAAAAUCAGAUCCAGAUUUCCAUAAAAACAGUGAAAACAGAACUAAACUGACCAUAUAUGACGAAAUGUACGCAGGUGCACAAAGUGUUAGGACUAGCUAUUUAAAUUUAUUGACAGUUUUUGUAUUAACAUUAGUGUCGAUUUUCAAUUCACACUUGAACAGAACGUAACAUCGGUAGACAGGUGUUUCAGCAUGUCAGUAGAACAUAAUAGACUUUUACUUACAUGUUGAUAUACCUGUAAUGUAAGACAAGUGGACUUUAUAAGUCUUUAACUCAAAACCCUGCCAUCUCAUGUAAAAAAAACAUUGAAAUUUAUCAUUUCAUUCAUCACUUCAUACACAAUCAUUGACUGUCAUUUUGUGAUUAAUGCCAAAUCCAAUGUUUUAAAAAUAAAUUGUUAUUACUGUUA